AUGUCCGACCAAGAUGUUAACCCAAAUAAAUACAGCGAACUGCGAAGUAUCUUUAAAUACUAUAUUGGCAUAUACAAUGAGUUGUAUCAGCUGAAAACAGAAAAUGAAGAAGAUUUAAAAGACAUUUACAAAAUUAUCAAGACAGAAUUGAUUGAUUCAAUGAAAUAUCUUCCCAUAAAUGUAAUUAAAGAUAUUUUAAAUAUCAUUCCGUAUAAUAAUCGCUAUACAAAGUCAUAUUUAUCUCUUGCCAAACUCAUUUCUGACGAAUAUCAUGUCAAAGAGGUCAAAAAAGUUGCAACUAUUUCAAACUUUCUGUUUUAUAAAGAAUAUGGAAUUAAAUUAGACAAAUCUGCUGAUUUUGAAAAAAUUAACUCAGAAAAUCUUGAAAUUCAUACAGGAGAUACAAUUUACAGAGCAAUUAUGUAUAAUGACCUUGAAAGAUUCAUAUACUUCACCGAAAGGGAUGGAUUUGAUAAAGACCAAAAACUUAAAAACAGUUUAUAUCCAUAUUCUUACGAAGGAUAUUUAUUGCUUGAAUUAUGUUGUUACCACGGAGCAGUUGAUUGUUUCAAGUUAUUGAGAAUGAAAUUUAACUCAGAAAUAACUCAAACAUGUCUAGAAUUUUCAUUUUUAGGCGGAAAUAAAGAGAUCUUGAGUGAAUGUUUGAAAUAUCAAACACCAGAUGAAAAAUGCAUGUUUUAUGCAAUUAUUUCACACAACAUUGAUUUUGUUACACUCUUGGUGAAUGAACACAAUAUAGAGAUUAAUUUAUAUUAUUGUGGAAAAUAUAAUAAUCUUGAAUCAUUUUUAGUUUAUUAUGAUCAAACUGAUGAUUUUAACAAUUGCUUUAUUAAUUCUCCGUUAUGUAAUAUUCUAUCUCUUUGCGAAUAUUUCUUAUCACAUGAUGCGAAUAUCAAUGAAAAAGAUAAAAAUGGAAGAACCGCUCUUCAUAAUGCGGCAGAAAAUAGUAGUAAAGAAAUAGCCGAACUUCUUAUUUCACAUGGUGCGAAUAUCAAUGAAAAAAAUAAUCAAGGAAGAACCGCCCUUCAUUUUGCAGCAGGGAAUAAUAGUAAAGAUACAACCGAACUUUUUAUUUUACAUGGGGCAAAUAUCAAUGAAAAAGAUAAUUAUUCAUUGACCCCUCUUGCUCUUGCACGUAUACAUGAUUGCAAAGAUACACUCGAACUUCUUGAAUCACAUGGUACAAAAAUAUAA